AUGCUGUUGGAUCUUUUUGAUCCUGGAAUCGUGUGGGAUGAAUAUGGACUGCGUAGUGAUGUUGUGCUGUUUACACAUGGAUUCCCUCGUGCAGACAUUCAUGAAUCAAUCACACCAGAUUUACUUCACCAGUUGAUCAAGGGCACAUUUAAAGACCAUCUGGUAACCUGGGUUCAAGACUACAUCUUACAGGCACAUCCGAAGUCACUUGCAUUGGCCAUUAUCCAAGAUAUUGACCAACACCUGAAAUGA